CAAGUUUGUCAUAACAGCGAUAAUACUAAUUUCCCAAACACGAUGUAUCACGCAACCCUCGUCCUCAAAACCCGCGAAAGCCAAGGAAGCUACAAAGUCCAGCAAGUCAAAACCCAAGAAUGCCCAACAAUCGCGUCCUUUGCGGAGGGUAAAUCUCGAGACCCGCUUGAUGUGACCAUCGCUGACGUCUUUCAUAUCAGCGGGUGGAUCGACACUUCCACCUCGGAGACGAUGAUCGCGGUCUCUAUUGCAGGACAUGAGCUCGGCAUGUUUCAUGGGAUGGCGAAAGAGGUGCUACGCAUUGAACUGGAGCUGCAGUUUGUGAAAGGGGUGAUUGAGCUCGAGCUGGAUGCGUUUGAUGAGCUGUGGGUGCGUGUCGAUACGGUGCGGGCGGAGGCGAAGGAGCGGUUUGCCAUGUUCGACUGUAAAGCAGAAAAGCGAGUGAGACAGGUUCCGGGGUUGCUGUGUGAACCGUGGCUGUAGCUGGACGUGCGUGUAUGAGCAAUAGCCUACAGAACACAGGAUGCCAUGAUUUCACGAGACAAGAACUGCUAGAAUUAUGCUAAGGACAUCAAAGCCUCUCAGCAGGCCCUGUAGACUCAGCCUCAGCCUCCUUCGCCUUCACCGAUACCCACCUCAUGGGCAAGACGCCCAACAGGCUUGCCGCGGCCAACGUCAGUGUAAUAAUGAAGACAUGUGUCGCCGCAGAGUUAUACGCCUCCAGCACAACGG